AGGACAUUGGACAUUAAGGGGUUAAUCAAAUUAAACCAAGCAACAUCCAGUAGAAUAGAAUAUUUAAUGUGGUUGCCAUGGUGAUUGGUCCUGUUUGUAUCACAGUGAGUCAGUGCUGGAAUAGGCGGUUACAAUGUGUCCAGGUAAGAGGGGCUCAGCUCCUGGACCCCCAUCAAUCACACAGGGAGCAGGAGGCAUGACUGGCCAGGAUGGAAUUUUCCUAGUGGAAUGAACCGCGCGGGGGCACCAGAGAGCUGAGAGAGGCCAUGAGAAGGUUCUGGUAUUCCCAGACAUAGCUUGUUCAGUAUAAUACCCCCUGGCUGCAGGACUAGGGCAGAUAGACAGCCAGACAGCACUUACCUGGAGAACACUGACAGCCAGCAUUCAACUGGAGAACACUGACAGCCAGCAUUCAACUGGAGAACACUGACAGCCAGACAGCACUCACCUGGAGCACACUGACAGCCAGCAUUCACCUGGAGAACACUGACAGCCAGACAGCACUCACCUGGAGAACACUGACAGCCAGCACUCACCUGGAGAACACUGACAGCCAGCACUCACCUGGAGAACACUGACAGCCAGACAGCACUCACCUAGAGCACACUGAUAGCCAGCCAGCACUCACCUGGAGAACACUGACAGCCAUCCAGCAUUUACCUGGAGAACACUGACAGCCAGCACUCACCUGGAGAACACUGACAUCCAGCACUCACCUGGAGCACACUGACAGCCAUCCAGCACUCACCUGGAGAACACUGACAGCCAUCCAGCAUUCACCUGGAGAACACUGACAGACAGCACUCACGUGGAGAACACUGACAUCCAGCACUCACCUGGAGCACACUGACAGCCAUCCAGCACUCACCUGGAGAACACUGACAGCCAGACAGCACUCACCUGGAGCACACUGACAGCCAGCCAGCAUUCACCUGGAGAACACUGACAGACAGACAUCACUCAUCUGGAGAACACACUGACAGACAGACAGCACUCACACUGAAUCCAAGAGCUCCCCACCUCUGCCUCUCAUCCUGACUCCCAGAGCUCCCCACCUCUGCCUCUCAUCCUGAAUCCCAGAGCUUCCCAUCCUUGCCUCAUCCUGAAUCCCAGAGCUCCCCAUCCCUAACUCUCACCUUGAAUCCCAGUGCUCCCCAUCCCUGUCUCUCACAUUUAACCCCAGCGCUCCCUAUCCUUACUUCUCAUCCUAAAUCCCAGAGUUCGCCAUCCCUGACUCUCAUCCUGAAUCUUAGAGCUCCCCAUCCCUGACUCUCACCCUGAAUCCCAGAUCUAUACAUCCCUGCCUCUCAUCCUGAAUCCCAGAGCUCCCCAUCCCUGCCUCUCAUCCAGAAUCCCAGAGCUCCCCAUCCCUGCCUCUCAUCCUGAAUCCCAGAGCUCCCCAUCCCUGCCUCUCACCCAGAAUCCCAGAGCUCCCCAUCCCUGCCUCUCAUCCUGAGUCCCAGAGCUCCCCAUCCCUAUCACUUUCACCCUGAAUCCCAGAGCUCCCCAUCCCUGCCUCUCAUCCUGAAUCCCAGAGCUCCCCAUCCCUGCCUCUCAUCCUGAAUCCCAGAGCUCCCCAUCCCUCCCUCUUCCUAUGACAGCGGUAUUUCCUGUUUGGGAUGCUGGAUUGAUAUUCAGGCCGAUUGACUGGUGAAGCUUUAACAGCCCGCAUCGUUACUUCACACAGGCUGCUCUACUGGGACAAUAGGUAAGAACUCUCUUCAGGGGAAUUUCGCCUUUUGUAUCACGCUGCGGUAUAUGCUGGUGUGUUACCAAGUGACAGAAAGUGUUUAUAAUAAUUAAAUGAGUUGUAUGAAAUAAUUCAAAUUCCUUUAUCAUCCAGUGACCAUUAUUUCCCAAUAGAAUUAGUGUUGGAUAAAGUUAAAUGCAAACUCUUAAUGUGCUAACACAUUGCUGUGCUAACUGCAGCCUUAAGGCUGGCUGAUAAUCAUGGGAAUUGUAGUCCAAGAUCUGAAGAGACGAGAAGAAGUAUAACUGCCCCCAUGCCAUCUACCCCAAGUGAGAAUGUAUGUGGAAAAUCACUCUUUUAAUAAAUAUUAUAAAUGUAACAUUUUAUUUUUAAUGAUUAAAUUUCACCCUUUUCUCAUACAGGGAGCACUAGACCCCCUCCUGGCACCGGGGCUAUUCAUUCAGGAGAUUUAUGUCUGUUGAGCUCAUAACUAAACUAAGGGGAUUGUUUACUAAAUUCCGCCUUACUGAGAUCACACUAAAAGGUCAAGAUUGUGAAAUGUGUUGGGCUCAUUCACCAAUGACGUGUAAUAAAUAAUAUGUAAAACGAGCUGAGAAAUUUGCCAACCUGUGACUGUAGCUGGUUGGAAAGGUUCCCAUUAUUGCACUUUUUAUCUAAAUGGGUUUUUCCAUUUAGAAUUCUGUGGAUUAGGAAAGUUGAAUAAUACAAUUCCUGAAGGUCACUAUUAUUCCAAUUCUGUUAUGUUGUCCCAAAAUGUGCAAUUUCCCAUAUUUGCCAUUUUAGUGUAAAAUCCUAUGAAUUCAAAGUACGCCAUUUUUAUUACUAAUCCAGUUUUUAUUUAAUUAGAAUUCACUAUUAAUUGGUAUAAAUAAAAAUAUCCAGUUAGAAAUGAAUAGCCAGAAUUUGUUAUAGUCCCUUUGGAGCCAACAAGAUGUCAGGACUGUAACUAUAACAAGUGAUUUAACUGUGGUCCUGACUGAGCUAAUUAUAGUCUCUGAAUUCUGCUUUGAAAGAGAAAGUUAAUGGUGUGAAUGUAUCUAAUGGAAUAAUUGCAUUUAUACUGGAACGCUACGAGCAUUGUUGAUGUGUAGUUGCUAUUCCAAUCACAUCUGAUUUUAUCUCCAAAUUCUCCCUAUAGAUAAUAUAUAAACAUCACUGAUACAUUUAUCAUUUUAUUUUAGAGGUCCUUUAAACGUUAAUUUUAAACAAAACAAUCCCACCUUUGUUAAAUUAGUCAAUAGCUCCCCCCCCUUCCAGGUGAUUUAAUAUUAGCUGACGACAUGUGACGUCUCUGAAUCAUGCUGUUGAUGAAACGAGUGGAUUAUUUUAAGAGUUGCUUCAUACUUUGUGGCUUGGUAACCAGUGAUAGGCAUGCGCAAACUAAAAAUCUGGGCUAUGCCAAGUGGAAUUCUGUGAAUAAUUAACCCUAAAGGGUAACACUCUAAGUGCCCUCUACAUGAUAUUUGAUCCCUAACAUUUAUUAAACACUCCCUAUAUAAUAUCUACUGAUAUCUGAUCCCUGACAUUUAUUAAACACUCUCUAUAUAAUAUCUACUGAUAUCUCAUCCCUGAUAUUUAUUAAAUGUUGGAAUGCAAGUGAAAGGGCAGCAGGCUACAGGAAGGCUCCUCUGUAAUCAGACACUGGAGGUCUGGGGGAGACAGUUGAAGUGUGGCCCGCAACAUCGCAGGAGAAAGAGGGCGAGUGUUUCUGUGUGUGUGUCAGUGUAUGUAUCUCUGCUUGUGUGUGUUUGUGGAUCUGUGUGUCAGUGUGUGUAUCUGUGCAUGUGUGUCAUUCUGUGUGGUUCUCUUGGAGUGUCUGUCUGUGGGCAUCUGUAUGGUUAUUUGUAAAUACACAACUGCAUGUAAUGAGCAACACUGUGCACAAAAGCUGUCCUGCGACCAAACGCCAUCACUGCACCCCCUACACACAAACACACCCCUGAACACAAACACACCCCUGAACACAAACACAACCCUACAUACAAACACACCCCUGAACACAAUCACAACCCUUCACACAAACACACCCCUGAACACAAACACAACCCUACACACAAACACAACCCUGCACACAAAUACACCCCUGCACUCAAUCACAAAACUGCACACAAACACAACCCUACACACAAACACACCCCUGCACUCAAUCACAAAACUGCACCCAAACACACCCUAGACACAAACACACCCCUGCAUUUAAACAUCAGCACUACAUAAAAUAACCACACAUUCAAAUGCUGACACUAGACACCAUUGCAUUUAAAUGCCAGCACUACAAACAAGGAUUUACACAAAUAUACUCCAUACAAAAAACAUGCCUACAUUCACAGACAUUGCACACAAAUAGAACUCUGCAUGGGUGGGUAAAUGGUAAAUCCACAGCUUGCAAAGCAUCACUGAAGUUCAGGGCCGGACUGCCCCACCGGGAUACCGGGAAAUUUCCCGGUGGGCCGUGGCACCUGGGGGCUGCGCUGCGCAUAUAGGUGUGGCCGGUCUGGUGGCACACUCAGAGGGGGCCGGGCCGCGUUCCAGGCUGGAGCCGCCAGGCCGGAUGGCAGCUUCGCCGGUCCGGCGGCACUUCUGUCACUGAUGAUGCUAAGGGCUGAAGGAGGAGGAGCAUGUCUACCAUGCUCCCUCGCGGUUCCCACAAUCAAUGUGCUGGGGAUUGUGGGAACCGCGAGGGAGCAUGGAAGACAUGCUCCUCCUCCUUCAGCCCUUAGCAUCAUCAGUGACAGAAGUGCCGCCGGACCGGUGAAGCUGCCACCCGGCCCAGCGCCUCCAGCCUGGAACGCGGCCGCCCCCUGACUUCUCUAGGUAAAUGAGGGGGGGAGGAUAAAACAGAGAGGAGGAAUAGAGAGAUGGUGGAGGGAUGAGAAAGAGACAGAGGGGAAAAAAGAUGUGGAGGAGGGAGAGACACAGGGAAAAGGGGGAGAAAGAGACAGAAGGGAAGAGAGAUGUGGAGGAGGGAGAGACAGAGGGGAAAAAAGAUGUGGAGGAGGGAGAGACACAGGGAAAGGGGGGUGAAAGAGACAGAAGGGAAGAGAGAUGUGGAGGAGGGAGAGACACAGGGAAAGGGGGGAGAAAGAGACAGAGGGAAGAGAGAUGUGGAGGAGGAGAGACACAGGAACGGGGAAAGAGACAGAGGGGAAGAGAGAUGUGGAGGAGGGAGAGACACAGGGUAAGGGGGAGAAAGAGACAGAGGGGAAGAGAGAUGUGGAGGAGGGAGAGACACAGGGAAAGGGGGGAGAAAGAGACAGAGGGGAAGAGAGAGACAAAGAGGGAGAAAUGAGAGAGACACACAAGGGGAGGGGGAGAAAGAGGUAGAGGGGGAAGAGAGAGACUGGGAAGGAGAGGGGAGACAUUGACACAGAGGAGCAGUGAGGGGGAGAAAGAAACAUACAGAGUGACUGGGGGGAGACAAAAAGGCACACAGAGGGGCUGGAGAUAAAAAGAGACACACAUAGAGGCUGUAUAUAUUAGUGGUGGAUGGGGGGGCAACGGGGCAAUUCCCCCCCCCCCACACGAGGCUUUCCCCUGCAAGCCGAUCUCCCUCCUCGUUCCGCAGGCACCGUGCGGGCAGCCGGCAGGGGAGGGAGGAAGAGAGGACCCAGGAGCUCCCCUGGGUCCUUCUUGCGCGAGCACAGAGCGUUGCCGCAGUUACCACGGCAACGCUCCAGCUCUCACAAGGGUGAACUCUAGCCCUGGAGCUACGGGCUAGAGUUCACUCUCACAACUACGAUCACCAGGGAUUCCUGGUGGUCGCAGUAAUGAGAGUGAACUCUAGCCCCAUACACACACUGACCCCACACACACACCAUACACAUUCACACACUGCCCCCCCCAUACACACAUUACCCCACACACUCUACACAUUCCCACACUACACCCCCCCCACACCCACACACUGAACCUUUCACACACACUGCACCACUCACACAUUGCACCACUGCUCCUAUACCCUACUACAGCCCCAUAUCCCAGCAGACUCCAGGUAAGUUGUCAAACUGUUCUUAAACGGUUUGACUACUUACUCUGGGAGGGGCUCCCGGCACUCCUGUCACCAUAACCACUACACAGAGGAUUAGUGGUUAUUGUGCAUGGAAUAUUUAUUUAAAUAAUCUACAAGUGCCCCUCCCGGGAUCAGGUUCUGGAUCCGCCACUGGUAUAUGACAUGUAUAUUAAUGUGUAUAUUAGUUUUAUAUAUAUAUAUAUAUAUAUAUAUAUAUAUAUAUAUAUAUAUAUAUAUAUAUAGAGAGAGAGAGAGAGAGAGAGAGAGAGAGAAUUAUGCCUAUUAUAUUUACACAUAUAUUAAUGUACAUUUAUAUAUGCAUAAUACACAGAUAAAUGUCAUUAAUAUGUACUAUAUGUAAUGAGCAGAUAUUGGCCCAGUCUUGUUGCUAGGUGCAUACUCCAGCACAAUAACAUAUUUAAAGUGAAGAGCACACCCACAGGACUUCAAAAUAAACAUUUUUUACAGUUGUGCCCUACAUACAUUCACCAUUUCAGUCCCAUUACCAAGCUUUCCUUAGUAUGUCAAGGUAGUUGGACUGAAACAUUGAUUACAUGCAAAGGCACGUCUGCUUAAAAUAAAUCUGCACUUUUGUUUAUUUUGAAGCCUAUGAGUGCGCUUUUUACUGUGGAGUAAUUUUUAAUUUUAAGUUAUCUGUUCUAACUCUGUAUCUGCACACUAUGCUGGCGCGACGCAUUAUGAGGCUGGUAAAUAUUUUUUUUCCAGGGCUGCUUUUAAUUCCCAGUCCGGCCCUGCUGAAGUUGCCCGGCAGCUGAGGAUCUACUUUUUGACCAGUUCUGCUCUGUAUGGGCGUCCAAACACUACAGCUUCUAUAAUAAUACAUUCUACAGCUCCUAAUAUACACACACCGCAACCCUAGAUACAAACACACUCUACAGUCCCUACUGACACACACACAAUCUUACAGCCCUUAGACAUGCACACACACACACCAGUGGUGGAACUAAUGCCGCUGCAUAUGCAGCGGGGCCUGCAUGCUCAGGGAGCCCAUGGAAUUAGGGCCACCCGAUGGGUAUUGUUGAACCGGGGCCUGGACAAGUUCCUCAGGUCUUUAAGAGCACGACUAGGCCUCUGUAGUAUCGAUGAUGCUGUGAGGAAGUGACAAUCUGUCACUUCCUCCCAGAUAUAGAGAGCGCCGUGUGGGAGGGAUAGGAGGCCCCAACAGCAGAUGGGGGGGAAAGGGGGGUAGAAAGAGACACACAAAUGGGAGGGAAGUAAGAAACACGCAAAGGAAAAAAAUUGGAGGAUUAGAUAUGCUAGAGGGGAGUGUAAGACAAAAGGGGAUACGAUACACUAAAAGUGGUAAGACAUUCAAAAAAGAGGGUAAGAAACACAAAAGGGGGUAAGAAAUUCAAGAGGGGGUUAAGGGAAACACAGGUGAAGAUGCAUUUUUUGGGAGGGAAUGAAGGGAGCAGCAAAAUGCAGGAAAUGUUGUUCUGGUAACCCAAUACCAGAGGCGGCUCUCUAAUUAGGUAAUUUUAGGCGGCCGCCUAAGGCCUCACGCUGUCAGGGGCCUUGCAGCUGCCUAAAUCACCUUAGGGCAGACUGAACUGACAGGUUCUCGGUCUAGGACCUAGUGCCCGACACAGGAGGGGGCCCGCUGGCUUGCCCUUAAUGCUGCCGGGUGCGAGGGGCCCCUCCGCUCAGUCUGCCCUGGGAGAGAACCAGAUUUAGUCUGCAGCUCCGCCGGGUGUGAGCUGCAGACUGAAGUUUCUCACAAUCUCCAGCCAAUCAGAGCGUUACAGCUGGUUACCACGACAACACUCUGACUGUAGAUAUUUGCCAUGUGGUCUGCAGCUCCCGGCAGAGUUGCAGACCGGAGCCCACGGACCACCAGGGACAGAGGGAGCCCUCUGGACCACCAGGUAAAUUUCAAUCCCCUCCUCCUUUCACCCCCUCUCAAUCUGUCACCCUCACCCUGUCACCCCUCUCACAAUCAAUAUGUCACCCCCCUCUCACACUAUGUCACCCGCUCUCACACUAUAUCACCCACUCGCACACUAUGUCACCCCCCGUCACCCCACUCGCACACUAUGUCACCCGCUCUCACACUAUAUCACCCACUCGCACACUAUGUCACCCCACUCGCACACUAUGUCACCCGCUCUCACACUAUAUCACCCACUCGCAUACUAUGUCACCCCCCAUCACCCCACUCGCACACUAUGUCACCCCCCGUCACCCCACUCUCACCCUGUCACCCUUUGACCCACGGUCACUCCCUCCAAACACACUGGCACCACUCUCCACACACACGGGCACCACUCUCUGCACUCUGGCACCCCCCUCUAUACACUCUGGAACCCGCCUCCAUACACCCUGUCACUCUCCUCUGCACUCUGGUACCCCCCUCCAUACACACGGUCACCCCUCUACCCUCUGGCACCCCCCUCCAUACACACGGUCACCCCUCUACACUCUGGCACCCCCCUCCAUACACAUGGUCACCCCUCUACACUCUGGCACCCCCCUCUACACUCUGGUACCCCUAACACAAAAUGCCACCCCCCAGACACUGCUACCACCCCCAGUCACACUCACCCCAUCCAAUCAUGCAGCACUUAUCCUAUAACAUUAAUCCCCCUAAUCCUGUCACACUCACCUUUUCUCACACUAUCAUAAUCACCUCCCAGCCCUAUCACACUCUACUCAGGGAUAUUCACCCUGUCACAAUCACCUGUCAAAUAAACCCCUCCAAUCCUGUCACGACCAGGGCCGCCAUCAGGGGGUGACAACCACGAUGGUUGUCAUGGGCCCGGCGGCCCCAUGUGUAGCGGCGGAACUGCCCAUCGGGGCCCAUCGGGUGCGCUGCGGUGGCAUUUUUUAAUUUUUUUUUUUAAAGGGGCCCGGUCAGCGCUGUGGCCGUAGUAUAGCGCGACCGGACCCCUUUAAAAAAAUAAAAAAUAAAUGGUCACUUCCUCCCAGCUCACUCUGCGCGGGAGAAGCGGCAAUGAAGAGGCCAGCCGACUCCCAGUCCCAUCAGCCCCAGCCACCCUUCUGCAAAGACAAGGUAAGAAACAGGAGGGUGGCUGGAAAAUGAGCUUUGUGUGUCUGUAUGUAUGUCUGUGUGUAUGUAUGUAUGUAUGUAUGUAUGGGUGUCAGUGUCUGUAUGUCUGUAUGUAUGCAUGUCAUUACGUGUGUAUGAAUGUCAGUGUAUGUAUGUCUGAAUGUCAUUAUGAAUGUGUGUAUGUAUGCCAGUAUGAAUGUAUGUCUGUAUGUCAUUAUGAAUGUGUGUAUGUAUGAAUGUAUGUAUGUCUGUAUGUAUGUCUGUAUAUAUGUAUGUCUGUAUGCAUGUCUGUAUGCCUGUAUGCAUGUCAUUACGUGUGUAUGAAUGUGUGUAUGUCUGUCUGUCUGUAUGAAUGUAUGUAUACCAGUAUGAAUGUCUGUCUGUAUGUCAUUAUGAAUGUGUCUGUAUGUCCUUAUGCAUGUGUGUCUGUAUGUAUGUUAGUAUGUACCUGUCACUAUGUACGCCUGUGUGUCUGUAUAUGUGUGUAUGUCUCAGUAUGUGUGUGUCAGUAUGUAUGCCUAUAUGUGUAUCAGUAUGUGUGUCUGUUAGUAUGUAUCAGUGUGUGUGUGUGUAUCUGUGUCCUUUUGUAUCAGUGAAUGUGUUUGUGUCUGUGUGUGUAUUCCUGUGGGCGGGAUUUGGAGGCGGUCUCUGUGGGCGGUUUUGGAGGCGGGCACCCCAGGGGCCCAGUCCCUGAGCUCAGUUAGGGGCCCCAAAACUUCUGGUGGCGGCCCUGGUCAUGCCCACCUCCCCUCGUGCUGUCACACUCCCUCCUCUAACCGUGCCACACUCAUCCCCAGCUCAGUCACCCCCCCAACGUCACAUUAACACCUCUAAACCUGUCACAGUCCCCCAACCCUUCCACACGCAACCUGUCACAAUAACGCCUCUAAUCCUGUCACACUUGCCCUCUCGAUUAACCCCCCUUAAUCAUGUCACAUUCAUCCCCACUUGCCCUGUAACACUCACUUCUCCAAACAUGCCACAUUCACCCCAACCCUGUGAUACUCAUGCCCCAACCAUGCCACAUUCACCCCAACCCUGUGAUACUCAUGCCCCAACCAUGCCACAUUCACCCCAACCCUGUGAUACUCAUGCCCCAAGCAUGCCACAUUCACCCCAACCCUGUGAUACUCAUGCCCCAACCAUGCUACAUUCACCCCAACCCUGUGAUACUCAUGCCCCAACAAUGUCACAUUCACCCCAACCCUGUGAUACUCAUGCCCCAACCAUGCCACAUUCACCCCAACCCUGUGAUACUCAUGCCCCAACCAUGCCACAUUCACCCCAACUCUGUGAUACUCAUGCCCCAAGCAUGCUACAUUCACCCCAACUCUGUGAUACUCAUGCCCCAAGCAUGCUACAUUCACCCUAUCACAUUAAUCCCUUAGUCCUGUCAUACAUACCUCCUCUCACCCUGUAACAAUCUCUCUUCAACCAUGUCACAUUCACUCUCCCUCACUGUGUCACACUCACGCCCUAACACUCACUCUGCCACAGUUACCCCUUUACUCUCCCUGUCACCCCCUGAAGGCAAUCAUUAUACACACCAUCAUUAAACAUAGCUUCGUCAAAAACUCAGUGCCCAAAGGCCACAGGCAGUACACAAACAUACACAUGCUCAGAGAAACAUACAUAAGGAUACUCACUUUCAGACACACACUCUCAGGCACACACACAGGUAGACAAUGCAAGGACACACUCGGGAAUACACAUAGCCAGAUGAAUACACAUUGUGACAGAUUUUUUUCUAAAAGCCCAACCAAAAUAAAAAUGUCUGUUUCCAAUGACCCCUUCACACCAGCACUUAUGUAUACACAACUGCCAGACUUUUCAACCAUACCUCGCAAUCAUGUAUAAACAAUUGGCAUAAUUGAAAAUUAAAAUUUGUUUAUUGCAAUUUAUGCCAUAAGUACAGUCAGAGAGCUCACAACACAGCGGCACAGUGAGCCGCGACAAUGCAAGCCUCUGAACGAUGAAUACAGAGACUACCUCUUUGCAUCCAACGCUGCAAGCUCUCCCUUCAAUAUACUUACAGCUCCUUAUACACACACAAGGCAACCGCUGUUUUGUUUUCACUAGUGGGGGCCUCAUGUUUGAGUUUUGCCUAAGGCUUCGCCAGGUCUAGAGCCGCCACUGCCCAAUAUAAGUGGUAUUUAUAAAUUUUUACAGCUUUUACCAUAGCAUGGGAAAGAGGAACUGUCUGCACAGUAAUAGUCCCAGUUCCUCUUUAAACCUGCAAUUUCUGGGAUCACACCGUACGUAGCUGGUAUUAUUAUAAUAAAGUGAUUUUUAUAGACCUGCUUUAUUUAUCACGCAUUCUUCUAAUUACUCAUCAUGCCACAUGUAAGGUCACUUUAUAUGAUUCACUGACGCUCUGAGAGAGAUCCAUCUUGUUGUGAAACUCCGCCAUUGCCAGUCUAAAAGGAUUUGAUUAAAGACAGAUCUGGUUAGGAACAGUUUGAUAAAAAAAUCCCUCCUCGACCUCAUUGAUUAAGAUUAAUGUACUCUUCAAUGUGUAUUAUAAAUAUUAAUUUCAUCCAAUCUCAACAGCAGUGAUUGGCUGGGAGUGUGGGGAACAGAGUUUAACCAUUGCCCUCAGCCUGUUAUUGCUGCCCAUGUUUGUUCAAAUCCACAUUGAGAAUGUGAAAGUGAAUAGCUGUGAAUAGAUGGGCUCUGGGAGACAGGAAGAGCACGGUCAUUUAUUAAACCAAUUAAUGGAACCCAGAUACUAUUAACAAUCAACCUGUUCAAUGAGCUGAAAUAAUACUAUAAUACAAUAAAAUGUAAUAAUCUGAUGGGCUGUAAUAAUACAAUAAGAUGUAAUAAUCCGAUGGGCUGUAAUAAUACAAUAAGAUGUAAUAAUCCGAUGGGCUGUAAUAAUAAAAUAAAAUGUAAUAAUCCGAUGGGCUGUAAUAAUAUGACUUGUUGUGAUGGUUGUGUUGCCUGAAUACAGAUUUGACAAGGUCGAGGAGGAUCUGAGAUCUGUGAAUGGGGGGAUGACAUGUUAAGUAGCAGGUGUGAUGUGUCCCCUAUUUAAGUCCUUACCAGUAUUUAGAUGUGAAAUAAAUCAAUAUUUAGUGUGAUGUUAAUCAUUAGAUUAGGAAUGUUAUUUUUUAUCGGUUGUUCAAUGUAUUUUAUUCUGAAAACAUGUCAGUUCAGCCAACUAAUGUGAACUUGGCAGAGUUACCAGUUAUUGACUAAACUGAGAACGGUCAGGAAUUCAAAUUGAGUUCAAAAGAAUUUCACAUUUUAGAGCAGAAUAGCUGAACUUGAAACAUAGAUCACUUGGAGAAAUUUUCAAUUUCAUCUAAAUUGGCCUUAAAGGGACACUAUAGGCACCCAGACUACUUCAGCUCAUUGAAGUAUUCUGGUGCAGUGUCCCUGCCCCACUAAGUCCUGCAAAGUAAAUCGUUGCAGCUUUAGAGAAAUGGAAAUGUUUACAUUGCAGCACUAAGACUGCCUCUAGUGGCUGUUAAUCAGACAGCACAUCCUGCUUAGUAGGCAACCUUAGGUCACCUGACUCUGGAAAUUCUCAUGCUCUGCAUUGAGGACAUCCAGCGUCAAUACAAACCCAACAGUAAAGCAUUCUUUCAAUGCUUUCCUAUGGGGAGGACCUAAUGCAAUUGCGGCGCAUGCGCAGUAGGUCCCCUGUCGCAUGAGGCAGAGCACCGACCCAACGCCUAGGGUCAUCAGCACUGGGAUCAGGUAGGUAAAUAAGUGUUUUUUAGCCCUUUAUUGGCUGGAGGGGGGUGCAAGGGAAGGGGGAGGCAGACAGAGCUAUAGUGUUAGGAAUACACUCUCUAUUCCCAACAGUUCUCCUUUUAGUAAAUAACCCAGUGUGAGACAUUUCACAGGUUGUGUUUAUUAAAUUCUAGAAACUGCUCAUUUUGUAUAAAGUAGACGAGUUGGAAAACCUCACAUCGGGUUUUUCACGGUUUCAAACGGAAUUACAGAUUUUAGAAAUCAGCUUAAAAUUAAACAUUUGCUAACAAUUUUAGAAAUGUGGCUAUUUUGGCCUAACAUCUUUAAAUUCCUGACACGUUUUGUAAAAUAACCCUGUCUGAUUAAGCAAGCCGGCAUGGUACUUUGACCUUGUCAUGAGGUUCGAAUAUUCUAAAAUUUCCCAAUUUCAUUUUAACAGUUAUCGUUAACAGACACCCUGUACCAGUGACAGACAAAUAUGUUAAUGCAGCUGGCUUCAUCUGGUAAGUACACCGAAUAUCCCACCUGCAACGUAUACUGGGGCUAAUUUAUACCAUGAAACAAGUCAGACUACAAUACAAGGGGGCAUUAAAACAAAAAAGACGUCUGGGGCAAAAUGCAAUCACCAUGGAAACCAAUAGAACACACACCUUCUUGGUUGUAUUUAGACUUUGAAUGCCAGAAGGGAGAGAAAUACAAUGUCAUUUUGGACACCACUUAAAAAUAGGACAUUAUGGAACUGAAGAAAGGUUCCGAGGUGGACUACAAAAUUAAUAAGGGGAAUGGAAGAUUUUAAAUGUAAAGAAAGGUUAGAAAAUGUUGUAUACAGUAAAAAAAAAAAAAACAGUUCUUAGAGAAGAUAUGAUAAGGUUAUAAUAAUAUAUUCACAACAAAAAAAAAGCAAUUACUAGACAAUUUACUAACAGAUUAUAAUUGUGUCCUAAAGGGAACAGUGAAUACGAAGUGUACUGUGUGGGUUUGUAAAAUGCUGUGGGAGUAGGAGAUACUUUCAGAUCUCCAAUAUUAAAUCAGAAUUUUACUUGCUGAGCCCUAAAUACCAGCAGCAGGUAAAUAGGCAGACUCUGGCAAGGAAUGACACGUUUGAAUGUUUAUGGCAGUACCUAUAUCUCUUUGUAUUAACUCUUGGUCUCUCAUCUUGGGCUGCAGAGCUUGCACUCUACACCAGGAGGCUGAUCCACAGCUGGCGCCUUUCUCAUUGCCAGACUGUAGAAUUUGUCAGGAAAAAUGCUGCCAAUUUCCUGUCACUGUCCAACCUUCUCAUGGGGCUUACUUCCAUACUGUGUACGCUGAAUGGGUAAGUACUGUGAAUCCCCUAAUGUCUGCUGGGGCCCCCCUCUCACGCAUUGCUCAAAGGGACGAGGGUCAAAGGUCUAAAAUGUACACAAUUUGACAAAUAUGUGUCAUAUAUUUUUUCCAUUUUUAAUGUUUUUUUCAUUUGCCCUCUUUUUUUGUUUAUUCAUCUUCAUUUCGUGUUUCAUUCCUUUUCAUUUGGAACUAUUUUCCAAUUGUUCACACUCGUUUAUUUUCUGCGAUUGAGCAAAUCUUUAAUGAAAAGGUUACAUAGGAUGUUUUGUCAGGUUUGGUAAAAUAUCCGACAUCUUACCAGUGUAAUGCCUUGUGGUCAGUCACUUUGUGUGUGUGAUAGGAAAGUCUUUGUUCUGACGCAUUUCACAGAAUAACGCUCACAACAUGGGCGGUUUUACCCCGGCGAUGAUAGGCUGCUUUGGUCACGACACUUUAUUUCUCCUCGCAAGGUUUGGCCAAUGGGCAUGCUGGCUGCUUCUGGUAGGUUUCAUGCUGGAUUUGGCAGACGGAGCUGUCGCAAGGCAAUUCAACGCGUGUUCUGCUUUGGGUAAGUAAUUUCCACUGAUCAAAGUGAAUUUUACAUUUAUGGCCAGAAUAGUCAAACUGACUUUCCACUCCAGCCAUAUUGACCUUUCAUUUGAAAUUAAGUUUAGUGGAUCUCCUUGUUUCAGCUUUGUUUUCAGCUUCACAUAACAAGGAAGUAUGUAUUCUAGGCGUACAUUUUAAUGUCUAGAUGUUGAUAGGUUUACUAAGAAACCCUCAAAUCCUGGAGACCUCAGCAACAUCCAAUACUUGAGAUCUAGCUGUAGUUUCCAGGAGAGACGAAGCAAAUACAAGUAACAAACUAAAGUGCAUUAAAAUAUAAAUACAUGAAUUGGAUGUAGAUUUUUAUGCAAUGAAACUACUCUCGUCUGAAUUGCUUUGCAUUUAAAUAGAGUAGUGUCCCUUUAAAACACAAGUGGAGGAUGUAGAUUAUUGUAACUAAAUCUUUGGAUAUUUGCUGUGAAAUCCAAUGGUAAUAUUUUUUGCUAUUUUUAUCAGAGAGAAUGGCCUGGACAUAGUGUUAUUUUCAUUUUGUUUGCAGGUGCGAAACUAGAUGACUUUGCAGAUUUCACAUCGUUCGGGGUGGCGACUGCGUUGCUGCUGCACACACACAGCAUCGUAGACGGAUUCCUGGUCAUUGUUUACGCUCUGGCUGUCUUCGUGCGUCUCUGCUUCUUUACAAGUGGUAAAAAAAUUAUACUUUUUUAAAUAAUAAAAGAAAAUAUAAAUAAUGUCAGCAAUUUACACUGAAAUAAAAAAAAAAAAGGACACCACCUUUCCUGCAGCUCUGGGUAAUACACCCCUCAUACAUCAGACACAGAAGGGCAUUUUGGGCUAUAUUGUACAGCGCUGCAGACUUUGUUGGUGCUUUAUAAAUAAUAAUUAUAUUAGAGAUCCGUUCUACAUGAUGCUGACAAAUUCUGUCUUGUUUUCCUAUUGUAGAAAUUCCCUUCAUUUACCGAGGACUUCCUUGUACCUACGCGUCCGCCAUCUUGGCGUGCACGUCUCUGCUGACCGGAAGUCAUUUAGUGGUCUUGCGUGUAGUCUCUGUCAUAAUGAUCCUCUUUAUGGUUGAUCAAGGUUUCUAUCCCCACGACAAGAUCCUGGAGUCUCAAUUGUGGAAAAAGAUGGUCUUCACAGGAGGUGAGAAUCAGUAGUUAGGCUGACGCUUAUUUAAUCAGUGCAUUAAAGGGACUCUCCAGUGCCACGAAAACAAACCGUUUUCCUGGCACUGCAGGUCUCCUUCCCACCCCCAAGUUAAAACCCCUUCAGUGACUUACCUGUAUCCAGCGCCGAUGUCCCUUGGCGCUAGGUCAGGCUCCGCCUAUGCUCCUCCCCCGUCGACGUCAGCCAGCGGGGAGACCUGUUGCGCAUGCGUGGCCGGCGGCAGGGGAGACCGCAUGCGCGGCAGACCGCCCCAUAGGUAAGCAUUGAAUAAUGCUUUCAAUGCUUUCUUAUGUUGAUUUCGGUGACGCUGGAGGUCCUCACAUAGCAUGAGGACGUCCAGCGUCGCAUAACACACUUUUCGUGUUCUAUGAACACAUAAGUCCCUCUAGUGGCUGUCUGGUAGACAGCCACUAGAGGAGGACUUAAAGGACCACUAUAGUGCCAGGAAAACAUACUCGUUUUCCUGGCACUAUAGUGCCCUGAGGGUGCCCCGACACUCAGGGUCCCACUCCCGCUGGGCUGGAUGGAGAGGAAGGGGUUAAACACUUACCUUUCUCCAGCGCCGGGCUCCCUCGGUGCUGGAGACUCUUCUCCUCCUUUCCCCAUCAUCAGCUGAAUGCGCAUGGGUGGCAAGAGCCGCGCACGCAUUCAGCCAGUCUCAUAGGAAAGCAUUCUCAAUGCUUUCCUAUAGACGCUAGUGUCUUCUCACUGUGAAAAUCACAGUGAGAAGCACGGAAGCACCCUUAGCGGCUGUCAAGGAGACAGCCACUAGAGGCUGGAUUAACCCAUUUGUAAACAUAGCAUUAAGGGUUAAUCCUAGGUGGACCUGGCACCCAGACCACUUCAUUAAGCUGAAGUGGUCUGGGUGCCUGUAGUGGUCCUUUAACCCUGCAAGGUAAAUAUUGCAGUUUAACGGUAGUGGGAGUUGGCACCCAGACCACUCCAAUGGGCAGAAGUGGUCUGGGUGCCUGGAGUGUCCCUUUAAUAAUCAUUUAAAAAUUAUAUAGUUCUAUGUUUUCAUCAAUUGUAAAUUAUCAGAAUAGACUAUUACACUAUUAUUAAAGGGACUCCCAUAGGUCCUCUAUAUGUCAUGUGUAAAUGAGUUCCCUGUUUCUGCAUGUUAAUUAUUGAAUUAUACCUGCAGCUAUUUCGUUUGAGCAGGGUCCUCUUCAACCUCUCUUCAGUGGUACCUGUAAGUUUUUAUAAUUGUCUCAUUUAUUAUUAAAUCUCCCCCUCUUAUAAUAUUGUAAUGUGCUAUGGAAUAUGUUGGCGCUAUAUAAUUGACGAUAAUAAUAAUAAUUAACCAAUAUUGCAAAGGCUAGAGAUGCAAAUCCUAAGUGAUUUGUACAUGUUGCUACACAGAGCUCUGACCUGCAUGCGCAGCCUUAUCUAGAAAAAUAAAAUCGAAUGCAGUAACUUUUUAACCCCUUAAGGACAUGUCAUGAUUCCCUUUUAUUCCAGAAGUUUGGUCCUUAAGGGGUUAAACUAAAGGAAGUUAAUGGCGUUAAUGAAAUUUGGAACCAGUGAUCUACAUAUCCCAUAAACCUCUAUUGGGAAGGAAUCUGUGGGUUAUAUUUUGACCAUUUUAUUGCAUUAUCUCCAAAAUUAUUAAAACAAAAAUGUGCUGUUAAAACAAACCUCUCACCUGUGUAUGUUUUAUACAUUUUUGUUUAAAAAUGAAAAAUUGCAGCGGCAUUCCCAUUCUUCUCCCUGCGGCUCCUGGCAGACCUUACACACCAACAUGGCCGUGCCAUUUAAGAUCCUUCUAAGUGUUUUGUGCUAUGAGCACUUCCAUAAAGUUCCUUGAACAUGUGCAACGAACUGUCAUUGACAUCUGCUGUGCUUAUUGAUUGAUGGCUGGUGUCCGCAAAAUAUACUUUCCCUUAGAAAUAGGAUAACAAAUGAAUUUCUACAUUUUUAAGGUUUCACUCUUAAAGAGACACUAUAGUCACCAAAACAACUUUAGCUUUAAUGAAGCGGUUUAUAGAUCAUGCCUCUGAAGUUGUUUUGGUGACUACAGUGUCCCUUUAAAUAAAUAAAUAAAUAAAAAAGUAAAUAUAUUAUUACUGUAAAUAGUUUUUGAUAAUAAAAAAUGGCCAUAAUUAAAAACAAAAAGUGUUCAGGGCCAGUUUCAUAUCAUUAAAUAUUUACAUUAUGUUGGCCUAUUGCUCUGUCCCUUAUAUUACAUUUACAAUUUCUCCAUUAUCUGAGAAAUUUGAUUUAUAAGAUUUCAUGUGUUUUCUGUUUCAGGCAUACUCAUUAUGUUCUGCGCCUUCUCCCCGCUGGCCUGCUUAUACCACCUUGCCUGGUCCAUUUCCUACGUCCUGUUUGCAGAUACAUUAUGGAACCUUAAGGUCUAAUGUUACGUUUCAUAGUGAGGAGUAUUUAGGUCCAUUUCCUACUUGCGAUGCUCUGGGUGCGGAUGCCCAGCAAUGAGAUCAGUCUACUCUACAGGAAGCUUUCUGUUAGUAGAGGACACGGCGCCUCCAAAGCUCCAAGUUCAGUCUCUUCUUUGGGAAGCUAAAGAGGUAGCAGAUGACAUCUUCAGCUUCACACUCCUCAAUGAAAAACACACUUAAGAAUCUCUCCUCUUCAAGAACCUGUUUGCAGAAGGCAGCUCUGAUUCCACCUGGGUUGUAGGAGAAACCUCUGACUAAUUAAUUUAUUGGUUAAUAAAGGAAAUAAGUGGGGGAGGUUAGCUCUGAGAUCAAACUCCAUCUUGCAACAUUGUGAGUGGGAGAAGAUAGGUCCGAGUUCAUUAUUCUCCUUUGGAAACAGUAGGUGGAAGAGGAAAGCUCUAAAUCCACUCCUCUCCUUUGAAAAAUUUAAGUUCUCUUGAAAUAUCACUUGGGUUAGAAUCCCCGUGAUGACACACCUGUCCUGAAUUGAGCAUCUUUGUGUGAUGAUGUGGGCUACAUAGAAAUGCCAUCAGAUUAGCAGUAUUUAGCUGCUCACAUAUAUAACCAGAAGUUGCUGAAUUAUAUUUAUGAUCAAAAUAUGAAAACAUCAAGUGAUGUGGUUUCAGUAUAUAAUGAUAGAUUGUGCUCGUCUUCGUCUAUAUACCAUUUGUAAGCAAGAAGAAGGUGCCCAGUUUAAAAAACAAUACACAACAUGAGCCGUACGUGGGGAGCAAGAUUUAUAUAUGGAAUUUUUUCAUGAUUACUAGAACUGUGUACAAACAUUCCUGGACUAGGGAUGGCCUGAAUUAAUGAUUCCCCUGUGAGAUCUAAGCUGAAACAUUACUCGAAAUGCUAUGUGUCUGUAAUUGUACAUUUAUUGGGCGAGAUCACCGGCACAGGAUACAGUGACCAUUCUUAGUUCUAUUCAAAGAACAAUGUAGCCAAUGUGACUGUGAUUUAUUAACCAUAUUUGAGUAUUAACGUCUUUGAAUAAAGUUAAUAUAUAUUAUAGGUGUCUUUUUUUUUUCUUCUCACACUCAGACAAUAUGGAGAGCUGAUCAGUUAAUUGUUUUUACCAUGUUAUAAUGGAUGAUACAAUCUCCAGGCUUAAUGUCUCACUUUAAAUAGGGAAUUAUAAAGAAAAAUGGAAGUUUGGUAGCGUAUGCUAUAGCCCUUUAUAAACAUAUAAUAUUUGUGUAUUAUGCUCAUCACUUGCGUAGGGGAGUGUUCGGUUUUAUUGUUAUAUCUUGGAUAAAGUGCGUUUUAUGCAAAUUUAAUUUUUAAACUAUAUUUUGGCCUUUUUAAGUCCUGUUUUGCUCACUAUGUAUUGACUUUGUUUUUCUGGAGUUUUCUACAGAGAACAUAUGUCUUUGGGUCACUGGCCUCGCUGGCUAAGAAUGGGGGUGGGCUAAACCUCCAAUAUAUUUUAAACUAAAAGGCUAUGAACAUUACAACUUUAUUAUAAAUAUCGUUAUAUUUCCGUUAUUGUUCUCUUUUAACUAAAGAAGUGGAAAAGCUGACAAUCUAAUUCCAAAUUCUGGACUUCCGAACAGACUCCGAUUAUUCUACAAACAAAUUCUAAUACCAUCCAUUAGCUGCUCGCCCCCCUUAGAAGGUUUAGGAAAGAAAUGCAGUGUCAGUUUGUCCUAUUCACAUGCACAGAGUGUCCGUUUAGUUUCUGUAGCCAACAAAAUGUGGAAACCAGUUCACAUGUAUCUUCUUGCCAACUUUGGCUAACAUCUUUAAGGUCCAUGUCCAGCUCUCUGCACACAGGUUAACGUUCUGGGUCAUACAGAAAUCCCACUCAGGCGCGCGUAGUCACUUUGACUAAUGGCGUCCGAGGCUGACAGACGUGUGUGGUCAUCUGCCUGGCCCACAAGGUUUUGUAGCUGUUUCAUCAGUUCCAUGAAGCAAGGUCUCUGAGAUGCUUUCCAUGCCCAGCAUCUCAACAUGACUUCGUAGCUGGAAGUGAAAGCAGGAGAACCAUUAUGAGAGCGUACAUAUUCC